AGCCUGUAACCCUCCCGCUCUGGGGACGUGGCUUCAGCGUGCUCUGCCCUAGUAGUAUGCAAAGGCAAGGAGAGCCUCAGACCUGUGCAUCAGGGAGCCCUCUGGCCUGGGUUACUGUAGGCGCUGGCUUUCAGUAGCCUCUUCCCUUGCAUCCCUGACCCCCUUUCCGCGCAAUAUUCCCCCCUGGAGCUGGUGUCUUGCUCCGCUUCUCCGGAGCCGCAGCGCUUGUAGGGCGUUAGUGUCUUUCUAGAACUGCCUCUCCAGGGCUCCCAACAGGGAAGCAGAGUUUUUUUUGGGGGGUGGCCUUAAUGAAGGCAAAUCUGGUGCACUGUGAGUGUGGAAAAAGACGUACUGCUUAUGAGUCACAGAUUCUAAUCUCAAAAAGGAUCAUUGAGAUCAUCUUGUCUGACCAAUAUAAUGUAGGCUAGAGACCUCCAGGAAAUAAUCCCUAGAGUGUAUCUUUUAGAAAAAGAUUUAAACCUCGAUUUAAACCUUGUCAGUGAUGGAGAAUCCCCCAUGACCCUUGGUAAAUUGUUCCAGUGGUUAAUGAUGAGACCUAGAAUCUACCUUUAGAAUAAGAAGCGGUCAUGGGAGAGAUCUGUGCUCCUUCUAGGAGGGGGAAGGGGAAUCUGGACUGUUCUCUUUAGAGAGAAAUUGGGGUGAACUUGCCUGAGAUGACUAAUAUGCCAUUCUCUUCUCUUCUUAGGUGUCAGCUGCUGACCUUGAAACAAUGGAUCACAAUGAUAAGAGUGGGAUCUCCCAAGCUGGAAGUUGGGAGAUCCGCCGGGUUGCAGCUGGGCCUUAUUCCAACCAAAAUCCCCCACAGAGGGCUGUGCUUGGGCUGCUGACUGAGAAUGGGCAGUGCUUGAGGGCAUGUGGCCAGGGUACCACAAUAGUCAGACGCUUCUCUGGCUCUGAAAAUGCUUUCCCUCCAUCUGGAAAGAAUACAUUGCCCAGCUGUAUGGUCAAUGUAACAUCUAAGCAAGGGUUUGCUAUAUAUGUAGAUGAACCAGAGCAGAAAGACAGAUGCAGCUGCACAGUUGUAGAAGAGGUGGAACCUAGCCUGUGUGAAGUGGAUACUAGCACAAUGAAACCCAAUAUUCAUCUGCUGUUGGAUUUGAGUACAGGUUCUCCUAUGUUGGUGGAUACAUCAUUGCAAUCACAACAUGAAGUUCAUGUGGAUAACAUCGUGGAUGUAAUGAAUGUGGGAGACUAUGCAGAAGACAUUCAUCAGUAUCUUAGAGAAGCUGAAAUAAGGUACAGGCCAAAACCAUAUUACAUGCGAAAGCAGCCAGACAUCACCUCAGGGAUGCGUGCAAUCUUGGUGGACUGGCUGGUGGAAGUUGGGCAAGAAUACAAACUUCGUACUGAAACACUGUACCUAGCUGUCAACUUUCUGGACAGGUUUCUUUCCUGCAUGUCUGUCCUCAGAGGGAAGCUGCAGCUUGUGGGAACAGCAGCAAUUCUUCUGGCUGCGAAAUAUGAAGAGAUCUACCCUCCAGAGAUAGAGGAGUUUGUGUAUAUAACAGAUGAUACUUAUACAAAGAGACAGCUAUUAAGAAUGGAACAUCUGCUCCUGAAAGUACUGGCUUUUGACUUGACAGUACCAACUAUCAACCAGUUUCUCCUUCAGUAUUUACAAAGACAUGGAGUCUGUGUCAGGACAGAGAACUUUGCAAGGUAUGUAGCAGAGUUGAGUCUCCUGGAAGCUGAUCCAUUUCUGAAGUACCUUCCGUCACAAACUGCUGCAGCAGCUUACUGUCUAGCAAAUUACACUGUGAACAGGCAUUUGUGGCCAGAAACACUUGCUGCAUUCACUGGGUAUUCGCUAAGCGAGAUAGUGCCUUGUCUGAGUGAUCUACAUAAAGCAUGCCUUGAUGGUUCUCAUCGACCACAGCAAGCAAUUAGAGAGAAAUACAAGCUGUCAAGGUACAUGCAUGUAUCCUUUAUGGAGCCACCAGCAGUUCUUCCUCUGCAAUAAAUGCCAGUGAACCAACACACUAACUAAAAUCGAAGCACUUGCCUCCUGAUCAACAGAGUUGGUCUUACAUUUUUAUAGGGCACUGCAGGUCAUGUGUCAGUAACCAUGAUUCUUAUUGUUUUAGCUGACAUUUUUAAAUACGAUUUUUUUUACAAGGACUCUAGACUAGCUUUAAUGUAAACUAAAAGCACUUUUAAUAAAUAUC